UUCAAAAUCAUUCGCUAGUCGUAGGCCUAAGCAAGCGGACACGCGCGGGUCUUCAUUCACUCCGAACUCCGAUACUUCCCGGCCACGGAGUUACCAAAAUCGGUAGCCUGAUCUCGCUUAAAAUCGGUGAACACCAAGUGUAGUUUGAUAAAACCUUAGAACGAUAUAAACGCAACGGUUUUAUGAUCAAAAUUGGUUUCGUGUUUGUGAAUAAAGGGAUAUAAGAUCUAUUGAUCUUUGAUAUACAAUAAACCUUAUUCGAUUACCGUGUGAUCGAAAAGUUAAACCCAAUAAUAAUACUAAAAAUAAAAAACCUGUAAAGUAUUCUGGGAAAGUGAAAGAUUGCAUAAAUCGGAAAGUUAAGUGCUGAUAAAUUGGACUCAAGAACUCCUACAUAAGAUAACAAAAAAUACAAAACAGAAAAUACAAAUCUGGAAAAAUUAUAUAAUCCUUAGGCGUUAUAAAAAAGGAUAGCCUUCAGAUAUAAUUAUUUCGAAAUUUAAACAAGAAAUAAAACUGAGAAAGCUUAAGUCAAGGUCUUUAUUCCUUCAAGAAUAUAUUUUUGACCACAUCGGCAAGCGCAGAUCCUAAAGAUUCCAUCUUCUCAGAGUGAAAACCUAUCCGCAGACCGAUCACAAGCUGGGUAGUCCAUUCCUGAGCAUCACGCCGGCGGGUGGCAGCAGCAAUCCCUCGCCCACGCCCCCACCGCCAGACGCCAAGGUGGCGGCCAAACAGCUGGCCCAGAGCUUCCAGCUGUCCGCCAAUUCGGCCUUUAACUUGGCCCUGCCGCCCAGUUUCUACAGGCAGCCCUCUGAGUGCCUGGACUACGGCCACGAAGCGCCCGAAAUGGAUCUGAUAAAUCCGUAUAUGCGACACCACAGCUUCGCGGCCGCCGCCCAGGGGAGUCCCCCGUCAGCGGCUCAGCGUCAUCAUUUGGCGGCGGCCAUGAGCAACGGAUUCGCCGACGUCCACGCCCAUGCGAUGGCAGCGGCGGACUACCAACAACAGUUGGCCGAUUACCACAGUGCAGCGGCUGCAGCGGCCGUUUAUGCCAACAACAAUAACAAUAAUAACAAUAACAAUAAUAGCAGUAACAACAACAACAGCAGUCCGCUGAUGUUGCUGAAGGCGGCUGCCCAUGGCGGUGGACUAAAGGACUCGGACUCGCCCUCAACGACACCACCACCCGCCUCCUCCCGACUCCACUCCGAUUCCUCGCCUUCGCCGCGAUACGAGCACAACUCCAGUCCCGGUGUGGAUAGCGCCAAGUCAUAUGCCCUGAGCCAGCGGAGCAGUGGAGCGGAGGAUCCCUGCCAGACCAGCGAGUCCGCCAGUCCACCGCCGCAGGUGCAGAACGACUACAGUCCCGAGAAUCUCACCAGCCAGCGGGCGAAGUUUCAGCACCACCACGGGGUCAAUCCGCUGGCACUGCACAAUGCCAACCACGGCAAUCCCGGUGGCCACAACAACAACAAUCACAUGGAUCACAAGCUGCCGCUGAGUUUUCUGGGUCCUCCGCUCGCCGCUCUUCACUCGAUGACCGCGGAAAUGAAGACGGGUCAGGGGGUGGGUGGGUCGUCGGCCGCGGGCAAUGGAUUGUCCUACGGACACAGCCCGAACUCUCAUCUGAUCAGCGAUCGGGGAUCCGGCGGCAGUUCUUCGUCGUCCUCCACCACGACCACGAACACCAAUAGCCAGGGAGCCCCCAAUCCGCACGGCAUCGAUACCAUCCUCUCCAAACCGCCGCCGGUUACAUCGGCAGGUCUAAGUGCUUUAACAGGAGCUGGCAUCCCCCGCUUCUCGAUCGCCGCCGCCGCAGCGGGAAUGGCCCAAUAUCUUUCCCAAAGUCAGGGGGCGCCUCUGAAGACCCACGCUGGACACAUAGUGGACCGCACGCACCUGUACUGGCCAGGAUUACAGGGACUGGUGGCCAAUCCCAUAGCGUGGCGCGAACGCCUCUCCAAUACGAUGUCCGCCAAUCUAUCUCAGUCGCAUCAGCAUCACCCAUCGAACGACAAGGAUGGCAAGAAGAAACACACCCGCCCAACAUUCAGUGGUCAGCAGAUCUUCGCCCUGGAGAAGACAUUCGAGCAAACCAAAUAUCUGGCCGGACCCGAGCGUGCCAAGCUCGCUUAUGCCUUAGGAAUGUCCGAGUCGCAGGUUAAGGUCUGGUUCCAGAAUCGUCGCACCAAGUGGCGCAAAAGGCAUGCGGCGGAAAUGGCCACUGCCAAAAGGAAACAGGACGACAUGGGUGGCGAUAACGAUGGCGAUUGCAGCGAGACCAUGGAUAGCGAUAACGAGAGCCUCGAUAUGGGCGAGUCCCCUGCCCAGAACAAGAGAUGUCGCAGCAACAGCUCCGGGUCCUCGCAGCAGCAGCAGGAUAAUUAUCGCCAUUAAAACGAAUUUACAAACUAUGCAAGGACAUGGACUCGCAAUGAAAUGGAAUGGAUCGCACUUAGGAUAAAUUUCAAUGCGCCAGCUAAUUAGCUAGAAAGCAAAAAGCCCAGCAUAAGCAGCCACAAAAGCAGCAGCAGC